AUGUUGAGAGCUGGAGGUGAGUUUUCGAUAAAAUUUAUCGAUAAACAUUAAAAACCGAGGCAUUCCCUAGUGUAAAACGUUCGCGGAACUUUGAAGCACCAAAUGUACAAUGAUGACCAAAAAAAGGUCAUUCACACAAACAUAUGCACAUUAUAUAUAAUUUCGGCAAAAAAAAACGAGCGCCCCAGUGGCCGUGUUUCUCUCUUUUUUUCCACCAACGAAACGUUUAUUUGCAUACCGAUCAUAUACAACAAAAACAUCAUCCGAAUCAGUGAGCACUCUUUUCUUUAUUUAAAAAAAAACGGGUUUUCAAGAAACAUUCGCAAUUCAACUAUUGAGAACAAAACCACACUUUUCAUUUUGCGCUUUCUUGACCGUUUUCAGACGGAAUUGGUUUUGAGAAUGAUAAAUCACGUAAAUACAAGCAUUUUUAGCGCUCAAAAUGCGAAAACUACCGAAAAGCAACUGAAAUUCACGCAGUUUUAGCGAAAAACCUUCAAACGGAUAAAUGUGAUUUGCGACUUGACCAAAUUUGACGUUCUUGCGCUUAAAAAAUUCGUAAUAGCCUAUACAAUCGAUCUAUCGAGAGACAAAUGAGAAAUUAUCGAUUUUUCGUGGCUAAUCUGGAAAAAAACACUAAUUUUUGCUGUUAAAAUUUGAAUUUCGCGCCAAUGCAUCGCUCUAUUGGGCGGCGCGCCGCACUUGCGCUCAUUGUCAGCUCUGGAGACCGUGCCUGGCUCAUUUUGAAACCUGCCAACAAACUUUCGAACGAGUGAGCACAUGGAUGAAACCAGUCGUGAUUUGUGCAGACAGGCUCAAGCUCAAAUACAAAUUCCCAAAUAAUUUGCUCGUUUUGUUUGCGCAGCCCUCCUCAUUCGCCACUCUUUUUGCCUCCUCUUUUCGAUCUACCAGUACACACCGCCUCUCUCUCUCUCUCUUUUUUUCUUGUUUUGAUCUACAUACGAUUUUCUGUCGUCAAUGACGACUCGUCAUUGAGUUUUUCGAACGUUUCGCUUCAAAACAGUUAACCGGCGUGCGCCAAAUUCAAAAUUUCGCCGAAUAUUCAUUGCUUUUACCGAGAAAAAAAAAACAAUUUUUUGUUGCAGAAUUCGCGUCGUCGGCACACCCGACGACCUCGUCGGCACACUACUCGCCACUACUCGGAUCGUUCGACGAGAAACGAGGAUUCCGAAGCGGAAGGCGUGAGGAAGACGAGGAAGACGAGGAAGAAGACGAAGAAGGAAGAGGGGGAAUGGCGGACACGGGCACGGUCAGUUCGGCGCGCGCAAAAAUGAUUUCGACCGCGAGCGGUUCGAACCUGCGGCAGUUGGGUUUAACAGAAAUUCCAAAACGCAACCGCGGCGCCAUGCACGCCGCUUCUCGCUGCAGCUUCCAGGGCAGUGAGGAUAUCGCUGCGCGUCGCUCUAAAUCUGCAAGUCAAUGGGCUAACUUGGAGGAUUGAAAAACGAGAAAAUCCAUGUUUCGAUUGUACAUGUUGUGUUUCUUUUCUCUGUUCCGUCCGCCAAACCGGUUUCUCUCGCACUUGUCUUCCCUAUUAUAUAGUACAUGUAAUAUUCCUUCAAAACAUUUUUAAUCCUAUGCUACUCCUACAUACUACAACACCACGUCCGCAAUUCCAAAAAAAGAGCUAGAAAACGUGUUUUUUUUCUCUGUUCGUAUGACGUCACCCCCUCCGCUCACUGAUUGUGACAAAAACAGGAAAGGGGGUCCUUUUUUGGGGACACGAAUGUGUUUGAGAAGACGCCUUUCGACCUAUGUUGGCCUUUUUUUGGAUUUUCGAUUAUAACUCUGCUCAAAAUCGAAAUUUUCAGACGUUUGAGCUCGCAAAUUGAAGAUCUCGAUGAGCUGAACAAUUCCUAUGAAACACUUUUAGAGUUUGACACAUGUGUUUUCGACAAAACGACAAUAUCUAAGCGAGUUGAUCAUGAUUUCUGUGAAAGCUGUGAAUUUUCCUCAUUUCCGAUGACACUCAACCUCAGAUCACUUCUUUUUCACCAUUAACCAUAAAUCACUCAAUCUUCUAGUGAAAACCCUCUUCCGGAUUGAUUCGGAAACGUAAAAGAUCCGUUCCAUGUUCAAUUCUAGCCUAAUCCGGAUGUUUGUGAUUUUUGGCCUAGUUUCUCACUAUUUAAGCCGCAUUUUCAGUGAUCUACCGAAUUUUGUGUUAAAAUUUGACAAAAAACCACAUUAACAUUGGAAAUUCGCCUUGUUUUCGGCUGCAAAAUCUGAAACAGUGAAUUUCUCAUACGGCCCGCAGUUUUAAAAUCAUAACUAAUUUCGAAAAAAUCGUACUGACUUGAUUCAAAGCUCAAAUUGUAGGUAUUUGGAUUGUUCAUCAGGGAAAAAUAAUUUGAAAAUUCGGAAAAUUUCAGUAGGCCGGGAAAACGUGCUAUCGGCCGGGCCCGGCUACUUUUUCUAGGCCCGUUGCCCUAUUGAAAUUUUCCGAAUUUUUUUAUUAUUUUGCCCUGAUGAACAAUCCAAAUACCUACAAUUUGAGCUUUGAAUCAAGUCAGUACGAUUUUUUUGAAAUUAGUUAUGAUUUUAAAACUGCGGGCCCGGAUUGGGCCCGGCGACAAGUAUGGAAUUUCUAGAUUUCCCUUCUUCUCUCUCUCACUCGUUUUCUCACUCGAAAUCAAUCGAUAAUCGAAUGAAUGAUCAAUUAUUAUUGAUACACAUAAACAUCCAGAGAAAAAGAGAUUUCUCUCGCCCCCAAUCUCUCACCGGGAGAAGAAGAAUAAGAAGAAGAUAUCACUUUCGAAGUGUUGUGUGUAUAGAAACGUACUUUGAACUUUUGCGAGGUUUCUGGAACCUUUUUCUUUCUCUCCUACUUUUACUUUCUCUUUUCACCAUCCAUAUUCGAUCAAUUAUCAGUGGGGCGAACAAAUUUUACACCAGUUUUUUGUGUGUCACACUCCCCCCCACUUUAUCACUUUAUCAGUUUGUUGUUUUGAAGUGUUCUUCUCUCUUUCUCUCUUUCUCUCUCUCUCUCUCUCUUUUCUUCACUUCAACUUUCAUUCCUUUUCCCUUUUUCCUAUUGAUCUGGCCAAGAAAAAUGAACGACUCCUUUACAAGAGUUUACAUCAAAAACCUAGGCCGCAGCCCUUUGUGGGGGGUACUGUUAAGAAACUAGCUCAUAACUCGAACACGAACAAUUUUGGCGCCAAGUGUUUAACUACAAAGUUGUAGAGCACAAAAUAUGCAACAACUUUUUUGUUGACAACUUUUUUGAAUAAUCAUUGGUGUUUGAGAUACAGAGCUCUAAAAUCAGUUAAAAAGUGCGGAAUGCUUCUCGCUCGAUUUUGAAGAUUUUUCAAAAUGUUAAAAAACAAAUCGACGCACAAUUUCCUGCUCUAAAACUUUAUAGUUGAUCAUUUUACACAAUCAUGAUCCGUAACUGUGAUGAACCGCAAAAAAGUCAAAUGACACCUUUCAAAAACCUAUCAAAAAGGUCAGCUGACGUUAAACGAAAAUGUGUCGGUCCGGAAGCAUGAUCGUGAAAAACGAUUGAAUUGACGAUUGUAGAGCACAAAAUAACCAUUCGAUUCGUUUUUGAACUAUUCAAAAAUCGUCAAAAUUGACUGAACACCGGCUGAUCCUCGACUGACUCGGUCCCGAUUCUGACAAAUUCUGACGUUUUCAUGGCUGUGUAGGGGGAGGGAAACGCCGCAAAAAACACUCUCGGCCGUCGUCCUCCAAAACGGCUGUGUGCUUGCUCUCCGACGCGCAUAAAUCAUUGGCGGACGAGUGCAUGUGGACAGCAAGGAACUGAACAUUUAUACGCCGCUUCUUCCUGGACACGACGUCUAUCACACAUGGCUACUUAUAUCACGCCUUAAAGUUGUGCCCCGAGGAUCUAGAACGGUCCAUCCAGUCAGUUUGUGGAAGAAGAUUUCUAGACAUAAUCGUCAAUCGUUUUCCGGUUUUGCAAUGUGUUCUCUCUCUCUCUCCUCCCGAGUGCUCGGUCCCUCGUUCUCUCUGGCAAAAGAUUCCGGGAGAAGGGGGUCCUCCUCUGUAGUGCAGUCUGCGUCUCUUCUCUCCCUCUCUCUCUCUCUCUCUUCCAUUCCCUCUAAAUCGUUCAAUGUUACUUUUACCCCCACCGUCGAUUUUUCAAAACACCACAAUAGUUGUUCUAGCGUCAGAAUCGGCGAGUGCAGACUAGAUUCGUCGAAAACACAACUCGAUUAGUUUCCCACCGCAAAAGUGCUUCCUCCCACCGAAAAUGAGGGCUUCCGAGCCCAUAUUUCCGAAUAAUCUCCAUGGGAAUUGGACUCUAUUUCUUUGGCGCGCUCGAUAUUGUCGUAUUCGCAAUUUCUCUCUCUCUCUCUCCAUGUUCUCCUCUAUUCCAGAAUCAUCUUUGACCCGACGACUCCACCCGAAUUUUGCCGCCAUUUAUGGUGAAGACGGUGGAGUUUUGCGAGAUUGUACCGCGCAAUUUUCAAUAUUCCAUUGAGGUAAAUGAAAAUUGAACACCGAAAAAAUCACGUAAAAUGUUUCAAAGAACAGUUUGGCCAGAAAAAGCAUUUCUAGUUUUAUCACAAAACGCUUCUCUUUUCUCCUUCUACUCGUCCCCAUGCAGCGGGAAAUUGAUAUUCUCGUGAAAAGUGCACGUAUGCAUGCUGGAAUUGAUAUGAAAGUACGUUUUCAUUACAAAAAACAUGGGCAAAACGUUUAACCGUAUGGGGAACCGAACCAAAACAGCUCUUCCAUCUGGCGGCGAGCUUUACCGCUGCGCCACACGCGGCAUUUUUCUCGUCACCUCCCAGGGCGUAUAUAUUAUGGGUAGACGGCGCCCUGGCGCUGGAUUGUUGGGGAACGGAAAGUACCGAUUCGCAACAAAUUUCUUGGACGUCAUCUAGGACCCCUAGAGGCGAUAACUACAAAGUUUGGUCCCGCACAAUGCGACAUUUUGGAGAGGGUAGAUUUAUAACAAAGCAUUAAUUUUCAGACGGACGACUCGCUGUGCGACGAGCCGAACCACGUCGAGUCGCGGAGCAACCACAGCAGCAGCACAGCGAUGGGCGGCUCCUCCCCGCCAAAACGACGACAUCAUCACGGACUGUCGGCGGUGAUCAGUGCGCGCGAGCAGCAGGACAGUGGCGGCGGCGGAGGAGAAGGUGGCGGCGGCGGAGGCGCCGAGUGGAUGAAGGCCCUCUUCCUCUUCGUCUUCCUUUUCAUCUCCGGCAUGUCCAACUGGGCCGUCAUCGCCUACACGCACGAUUUUGUGCCGCGCGAGCCGCUUCCCGACAUUGUGUUCAGUUUGGUGCCCGAGCAGCGAUGGGCCAGCUCGUUGGGUGAGUCGAAUAUCGAAAAUUCGAGUGAAAAAUCGAUAAUGGCCUCGUUCAGCAGGGAGAAAACCGAAAAAAUUGUCUUUUUCGCAUGCCUUUCAUGCGCCUGGUCUCGCAACGAACAAGAUUUACGAGCUGAAAAACCUCCUUUUCGAGUUUUUUCCCUGCUGAAUGGACUCAUUAGAAUUUACCUGAAUCGCCUUGAACAACGGGCCGUUUCGAGAAGUCUUUUCGAUGAAAAAAAACCGAGAAAUGCUUUUCUGAAAUGAAGAUUUGUUGUAAUUUCUGUAAAGACGUGUAACGAAGGCUGAUUUCGAUAACAAAAGGCUAUUUUGAGGGCGAAAAAUCGAACACGACAAACUUAUAUUCCAGGCGACGGAUGUGUAGCCCUAUGCAUCGCACUCCUCGGCGGUCUGCUCAUCGUCCAUCAGCACCGAGGGACCAUACUCAAACGGACCGUCUUCAUCGCGGCCACGCUCUACUCGAUGAGAUCGGUCACUCUUGCGGCGACCCAACUUCCGUCAGGUAACUAACUCUUUUGCACCGCGUUUCACGGUCUCCAAAGCUGACAAUGUGGGCGUGGCCUCGGCCAAUUUCAUGAAUUGAGCAGGUUUUCUCUGAUUUUUGUGGUCAAAGGCGAUGAAAAAUGAUUGUUCGACAUGAAAAAAAACUAAUUCUUAGAACUAAUGACGUUUUGGCGCAUUUUUCGCGGACUUUGCUUUUUCGCCUUCGCCGCCAAUCGCCGCCUCAAAACCGCACUUCUCAUUUUGCGCUUUCUUGACCGUUUUCAGACAGAAUUGAUUUUGAGAAUGAUAAAUCACGUAAAUACAAGCAUUUUGAGCGCUCGAACCGCGAAAAUUACCGAAAAGCAACUGAAAUUCACGCAGUUUUAGUCAAAAACCUUCAAACAGAUAAAUGUGAUUUGCGCCUUGACCAAAUUUGACGCUCUUGCGCUUAAAAAAUUCGUAAUAGCAUAUAUAAUCGGUCUGUCGAAAAACAAAUGAGAAAUUAUCGGUUUUUCGUGGCUAAUCUGGCAGAAAACACAAAAAUUGCUGUUAAAAUUUUAAUUUCGCGCCAAUGUAUCGCUCUAUUGUGCGGGGCGCACUUGCGCGCAUUGUCAGUUCUGGAGACCGUGGCGAUUGGUGAUAUUAGUGUUAAAAAUGACAGAGAUAGGCCAUUUUCUACCAGAAAAAAAUGCGAAAAAUAACGGCAAAAUCACAAGUGUGCCUUUUUUCAGGAUACACGGACAACGAGGGCCGAUGUCGGGAACGCGUCACGCCUCGCUUCGCCACGUUCAUGUCGCGCCUCAUCGAGCAGACGAUUCGGAUCGGCUUCCAGAGCAAGGACUCGAUGCUCUGCGGCGACCUGCUGUUCAGCGGCCACACGCUCGUCAUGGUCACGUGCUCGCUCGCCGUCGCCUACUACCUUCCGCGCGCGAUCAAACCGCUGCAGUGGCUGGCGCACGCGUCCUGCGCCCUCGGAAUGGUCUGUAUGAUCACGUCGCGCACGCACUACACCAUCGAUGUGAUCAUCGCCUACUGGCUGAGCAACAUGGUGUUCAGGUAUGACUUUAACAACGUUCCUUAUUAUAAGGGGCAUCGCACAGAAAUGGCGCUCUGUUGAGAAACUCUUUUUGCAGGGCGAAUUUAGCGAACUCUCGAGGCCGAGCUUGAAAAGUUAAGCCACGUUUUCAGUGGAAAAUUGCUUCGCGGCGCACGGCGACCAAAAGUGUAGAAAGGGGCGUGGCCUCUUCUGAGACGCGUUUUCUGAAAAUUGCCGCAAUUCCAGCACUUUUCCGAUAUUUUUGUGUGUGAUUGAUAUCGACGAAAGAAGAGACAUUAAAGAGAGAAAACAUUGAAAUUUUCGUGAAAACGCCGCGCUUGAGACGUUUUUGACAUAUUUCGCAAUUUCGAAAUUUUCAUACCGGCCGAUGUGGAUAGUUUUGAGACGAAGCGAGUGUCGGAAGUGAUUAAGCACGUUAAUACAAGUAUUUUAAGCGUUCAAACGGCAAAAAGUAUCGGCGAAUGACUGAAAUUCGCGCAUUUUCAGCACAAAGCUUGAAAAUCGAUUCAAUUGAUUCAUUUCUGAAUUAAACCUGCUCGUUUUAAGCUCAAAAAGUACGCGCGAUGAUUAGUUUAACAAAGUUAUGCAAUUACAUCGUCGAAAUCGAACAAAAUUUGGGUAAUUUUUGACGAAAAACAUGAAAAAUGCAGACUUGCAACGGGCCGGGCCGGGCCGGGCCAAAAUUAGAAAUUUUCCGGCCCGGCCCGGCCCGGUCGGCCCGGGAGAAUGCACCUAAAAAAAUUCAAAGCGAACUAGAACUUCGAAACGAACAUAAUUUUAUAGACUUAAAAUUUUAUGGACUUAAAAAGGCAAUGUUAUAGCAUAAAAACCUGUUAAAAAAUAGAAAUUGCUGUUUAAAGUCGCAAAAUUUUCACAAAAAUUACGAAAAUUUUCUCAAGAGUGGGCGGAGCCGGGCCGACCGGGCCGGGCCGGGCCGACGAUUUGCUGGCCCGGCCCGGGAUUUGGCAAGUCUGGAAAAAUGGAGUUAAAUUUCGAAUUUCGCGCCAAAAUUAUAAUAAACCGUGCACACGCUCCUUUCAACGUUUUUUGUCGCCGUGCGGCCUAGAAAUUCGGUCAGAUUGCGAACAGCGCGCUCUUUCUGUCCGGUGCCCCCAAUAAUACAUUGCUGAAUCUGUGAUGAAAGAGCAGAGUGCAGCGUGGCGCGCUUGCACAGCAUCCGAUCUCUAAAUCAUUUCUGUCUUGCAGGAUAUACCAUGCGUACUGCGAGGUGGACAUGUGCAUGGAGCGCCAAAAGAGCAUUCUGUUCUCGUGGUGGCCGUGUCGUGUCAUCGAUUGGCUCGAGGAGAACAUUGUUCCGGGCCGCCUCGAGAAUCGCGUCCGCUGGCCGUGUGCCACGUGGCGCCGCCGCACGGCCGCCGACGCGCGCAACGGAUCCGGAUCGAGCGAAUCGUCGACGUGCGAGACGAGCACCGGCGGACAAUCGUCGCACCACAAGCACGUUUCCAUUGUGAGUCGAUGAGUGCGAAUAGAUGGGCGACGAAUUGAACUCGAUUUUCUCGAUUAGUAAACUCUGACAAAGCGGACGUAUAGAGUCUAGUGCAGUGUUGUAAAGUCGAAAAAAAAAUGAUGUGAAAUGUUGCAGAGCUCCUCGUCCACGUACCCACUUCCAUGCUGA